CGGAGCCCCCCGACCCCGGGCCAUCGCCCCGUUUCCAUGGCAACGGCCCCGCGCGCCGGGGGUCCCGCCCACCCCCCGCAGUUCCCCCUCCGCCCGCAGGGGGCGCCCUCGCCGCGCGCGCCCGCCUCCCAUUGGCUGCCGCGGCCCCGGCCCCGCCCCCAGCAACGGUCCCGCCCCCCGCAACGCUCGGGGAAGGCCGUUGGGGGGCGGGGCCCGGGGGCGUGACCGGCGGGGCCGCCGACCAAUGGGAGCGGCGCUGGGGGAGCGCUGGCCAAUGGGAGCGAGGGGGCGGGGCCCGGCAGCGGGAAGCGGGGACCGGGAGCGGAGCGGCCGCGGAGGGGACGGAACGGGGCUCCGUUCCCGGACGAUGCGCCCCUGCUCCAGCAGCUGAAGUUGGACACACGGACAGCAGGGGGGACACCAGGGGACACACAUGGCGACGGCCGGCAGGGGCAGCAAAGGCAAGGGGGGCUCGGUGCGCUUCGCCCCCAGCCCCCCCCCCGAGGGGGCCCACGUGCACUUCCAGGAGCAGCUCCACGACUCGGCCGUGAUGGUGACCCAGGAGAAGGACGGCGGCUUCCUGGUCAAGGUGGGAUUCCUGAAGAUCCUGCACAAGUACGAGAUCACCUUCCUGCUGCCCCUGGAGCAGAGGGGGGCGGGGGACGUCUGUGCCCUCCCCGUCCCCAACCCCAACCUGCGGGUCCUCAGCGUCACCCCCCUGCCAGAAGGGCUGAGCGUGCACUGCGAGUACACGGCGCACAAGGAGGGGGUGCUGAGGGAGGAGCUGCUCUUGGCCACCCCCGGCCACGGCCACGUCAGGGUCACCGUCCAGGCCCGGGUCAUGGACCGGCACCACGGGACGCCGAUGCUGCUGGACGGGGUGCGCUGCGUGGGCGCCGAGCUGGAGUACGACUCGGAGCAGAGCGACUGGCACGGCUUCGACUGAGCCCCCCCCGGCCCCGGCGCGGGGUCGGGGGGUCCCCACAGCGCGGGGGGGGUCCCCACGGCCCGGGGGGGGGACCCCGAUUGCUGCCUCCAGCUGCUGCUGCUGCUGCUGCCGCUCCCCCCUCCCCGCCGUGCCCCAAAAUCCGGGGGGGAUUUUGCCUCCUGGGGUGGGAUUUUCCCCCCGGGGAGGGAUUUUGCCUCCUGGGGUGGGAUUUUACCCCCCCCGGGGAGGGAUUUUGCCUCCUGGGGUGGGAUUUUCCCCCCGGGGAGGGAUUUUGCCUGUGGAAUGUGGGGCUGAGCUGGGGCGGCAGUGGGGGAGCCGUGGCCCCCGUGGCUCCGUGGCCCCGUCCGUGUCCCCGUGUCGCUGCCAGCGCCUCGUCUCCCCCCCCCUUCUUCUCCUCCUCCUCCUCCUUCUCCUCCUCCUCGUUCCCCUCCCCUUGGGCUUUUUUCCCCUCCCCUUUUCCUGUUUUCCCGCCUCUUGUUGUUAUUUUUUCUGCUCUUUUCCCCCCCCCCCCCCUCUUUUUCUCCUCGUGGUACAAGGACCAGGAGAAGUUUCUGAAGCAACAGGAGGCUUUAUGUGCCUAUAUAUAUAUAUAUAUAUAUAUAUAUAAAUAUAGAGUUAUCUUA